AUGAGGCUUCCUUUCUUCAAUCAACAGGGGAGCGAUUCUCCGCCCUCGACGGAGAUAUCUGGGGAUUCUGACCCUGAGAAACGACGAAGUAGUUCGUUCAGUGAGUCCAAGGUUCCAUGGGUGACAUGGAGAUCCUUGGUUUUGGGAGCAUUCGUCUCCAUUGGUGGUAUCAUUUUUGGAUAUGACACCGGUCAGAUCUCGGGGUUUUUGGAGAUGAAGAACUAUAAACAUCGCUAUGGUCAGCAAAAAAGUGACGGGAACUUUUAUUUCAGUAACGUUCGGUCUGGAUUGAUUGUGUCUCUGCUGUCAAUUGGAACUCUCAUCGGAGCUCUCUUGGCCGGUCCUCUGGCUGAUCGGAUUGGUCGGAAAUGGUCGAUCUUUUCAUGGUGCAUCAUCUUGCAUGUCGGUCUUAUCAUCCAGAUAUCCUCGCCUUAUGGGAAAUGGUAUCAGAUGAUGAUGGGACGCUUCGUCACUGGCUUCGGUGUAGGGUCCUUAUCGUUGUUAGUCCCCAUGUAUCAAGGUGAGAUUGCACCGAGACAUAUUCGAGGUGCUAUGGUCUGCUCGUACCAAUUGUUCGUCACAUUAGGUAUUUUCGUUGCAUACUGCAUCAAUUAUGGAACAGAGACCAUAGACAGCACGGCCUCUUGGCGGAUUCCCUUGGGUAUUACCUUCCUCUGGGGUCUCAUUUUAGGACUUGGAAUCCUCUUGUUCCCCGAGAGCCCGAGAUAUGAUUAUCGGCACGGGCGUGUGGCCGUUGCGAAGACCACCAUGUCCAAGCUUUACGGCGUUCCUGAGAACCACCGUGUCAUUGUCCACGAAAUGCUGGAGAUUCAGGGUCAGCUCGAGGCCGAAAAGGGGACCAGAGGCGGAUUGUAUACUUGGGUUGAGAUGGUGCAGGCACCCCGGAUGCCAUAUCGCAUUGUUCUCGGUAUGGUACUUCAAGCCUUGCAGCAACUGACCGGUGCCAACUACUUCUUCUACUAUGGAACCACCAUCUUCAAUGGAGCUGGGAUUAGCAACACCUAUGUCACCCAAAUGAUCCUCGGGGGUGUCAAUUUCGGUACAACCAUUGGAGGUUUAUAUAUCAUCGAGCACUUUGGUCGUCGCAAGUCGUUGAUCACUGGUGGUAUCUGGAUGUUCGUCUGUUUCAUGGUAUUUGCCUCUGUGGGACAUUUCUCUCUUGAUGUCAAGAACCCAGCCAACACUCCAGGCGCUGGUAAGGCAAUGGUGGUGUUUGCGUGUCUGUUCAUCACCGGGUUUGCCAUGACCUGGGGUCCGAUGGUGUGGGCCAUUGUGGCGGAGCUGUACCCAUCGCGGUAUCGAGCCAAGGCGAUGGCAUUGGCCACAGCGUCGAACUGGAUGUGGAAUUUCUUAAUUGGGUUCUUCACCCCAUUUAUCACUGGAGAUAUUGACUUUGCCUAUGGAUAUGUGUUUGCUGGAUGUCUCCUUGUUGCGGUGUUAGUUGUGUACUUUUUUGUCAUCGAGGGCAAAGAUAAGACGCUGGAGGAGAUGGACAUGAUGUAUGUGAUGCGAGUGCCGCCAUGGAAGAGCAGCAAGUGGACCCCACCGGCGCCAGAGAAUCAAGUCACAACGAGCCAGCUCAUGGAUCGACGAGUGGCUGAGAAGUAUGAUGAGGAGGAAGACGAGGAGGCCAACAAAAAGCAAGCUGAAACCCCAGGCCAUAUGCAUGCAGAGGAUGCCGUGGGAACAGGCCCCUCCGCGGCUUGA